UGCGGUAAAGGCGGCGGCGUUUUGCGGCACCGCCGGUGAGGCCGGCGGCGUGGGCCUUCCGUCCACGCGAGCUCGCCCUGCGGGUAGCUGCUUGUUCGGCGAGGCUGCCGGUUAGCCAUUUUGGGGACUCAGCGACAGUCCUCGGAGGGUGACUGACCGCUUUUGAUUUGGUGUAACGGGAGAGGCGGCUCGUCCCAGUCCGCGGUUGUAAGGGGCGGGACGCCAGGCGCUCGGACCUCGCUCGUGACUUGCGGUCCCUCGUGCACACUUGCUCUUGGUUUCCACGGUCGUCACUAGAUUCGGGGAGCCCUCGGUGUAGCUGACACGUGUUUUUCUUGCUGCCUCCGUCUUGCAGUCCCCGCCCUCUUGGACUUUGAAAUGCUUUACCUGAUCGGCUUGGGCUUGGGCGAUGCCAAGGACAUCACAGUCAAGGGCCUGGAAAUCGUAAGACGCUGCAGGCGAGUGUACCUGGAAGCCUACACCUCGAUCCUGACUGUAGGGAAGGAAGUCCUGGAAGAGUUUUAUGGAAGAAAAUUGAUUCUUGCUGAUAGAGAAGAAGUGGAACAAGAAGCAGAUAAUAUUUUAAAGGAUGCCGAUAUCAGUGAUGUUGCAUUCCUUGUGGUUGGUGAUCCAUUUGGGGCUACCACACACAGUGAUCUUAUUUUGAGAGCAACAAAACUGGGAAUUUCUUACCGAGUUAUUCACAAUGCUUCCAUAAUGAAUGCAGUAGGCUGCUGUGGUUUACAGUUGUAUAAGUUUGGAGAGACGAUUUCUAUUGUUUUUUGGACAGACACUUGGAGACCAGAAAGCUUCUUUGACAAAGUGAAGAAGAAUAGACAAAACGGCAUGCAUACAUUAUGCUUACUAGACAUCAAAAUAAAGGAGCAAUCUUUGGAGAAUCUAAUCAAAGGAAGGAAGAUCUAUGAACCUCCUCGGUAUAUGAGUAUAAACCAAGCAGCCCAGCAACUUCUGGAGAUUGUUCAGAAUCAGCGAAUGCGAGGAGAAGAACCAGCAGUCACCGAGAAGACACUCUGUGUUGGCUUAGCCAGGGUUGGAGCUGAAGACCAGAAAAUUGCAGCAGGCACUUUGCAGCAAAUGAGUACUGUGGACUUGGGAGGACCGUUACACUCCUUAAUUAUCACAGGAGACAACAUGCAUCCACUGGAGAUGGAGAUGCUAAGUCUGUUUUCCAUACCAGAUAAUAGUUCAGAAUCCUGUUGAUGAACUUCAUGAACAUUUUCUAUUGUUAGAUGUUCAUUUGUUUCAGUCAUAUAUGCACAUACACACAUUUGCAUAAUGUAUAGUUCUUUUGGUUUACCUAAUAAUUAUAAAGCAAGUGACCAAGAAGAAAGAUGUUGAUUUAACAGUACUUGGUUUCCUGUGGUAAUGAGUUUUUUUUCCCUAUGUCAUUAUCAGUUGUUGCAACUAUUUUGGUGAUUUUUCAGGAUGCACACACAUGGAGCAGACCAAGUCUAAAACUUGCAGGGGCAUUCAUAAACAGAGUUGUUUAAAAGCAGUUUUUACUUAUGAAAUAAGUUUAUACAAUGUGGAACUUUCUUCUUUCUUAAAAAGUCAGCUCUCCUGGCCACAAGAUGGGUUGUCUUGACAGCAGAUGGUAUUAGUGCAUAUACGCAGAGUUGGGAAGAAUAAGUCCUACUUACUUAAAGCUCAGCUGAACACAUGCCACAAAAUGACAUCCUUUUGAAUUGCCUUGUCUUGUUUAAGUGACAUCCUAAUUAUGUGGUUCAUAUUCUGCUGUAUUUUGGAGGUUAUAUAAUUGUUGAAUUAUGAAUGUUCAGCCAGCCAUGUACAGUUGCUGUUUGGUUUUAAAUAGCAUCUUUCACAUCCAAGUUGACAAAUGGAAAACUUACCGACUACAAAAUACAGUUUUAAAAAAUUUAAGUUUGGAGGCAGUGGGUUAGUCAAGAUUUUUCAUAUAACAUAACUCAGUUGAUAUGUCACUGUAUGUAUGCAACUAGUCACAUUCAUUUUCCCAGUUGUAAAUAGCACUCCGUUUAUUAUUUUUCAUGACAGUAGAGUCUUAUAUAUUUUGUUAGUUCAUAACAGAAAUGGCUUUGCUAUAUGCAAGUUUAUUGGUCUAACUCUAAAUAUCUUCGUGGCUUUAUCAACCAUAGCUUAAAUUUCAUUAAAUUCAUUGAAAAUUGAA